GUUAGAAACUUUAUGGAUGACUUUAUUUUUAUGGCCUAUAAAUAGAGAACCUUGCCUCUUCAUUACAUCCCAUGUUCACUUCUACUACUACUACUCAAAAAUACAAAAUCUUCUUCUAAACUCUCUUCUUCAUAAUUCAUAUAUUUCCUCCAAAAAAAAAUCUCUCCACAAAAAUUUAAAAUGUCAACCAUUGUUUAUCAAGAAUUACAACCUUGUUGUAAUAAUGAGUCACACUUCAUUGAGUCAAGAACUACCCUUAGCCUAAAACUAAAUUCAUCAACAAAAAACUCGGUCGAAAAUUUUAGCUCUAAUUCCUUGUAUGGAGCUAAAACUACACCCUCGAGUUCGAAUUCUUCCGGGGGUUGGAGCUCAAUUGAAGCUCUAACUAGUAAAAGAGACGCGGUACCUAAAGAAGAGGUUGUAUAUGUACAUCCUUUAGUUAAACGAUCAUCAUUCAUGCUUAGUGAAAAAAGUUUGAAAAUGUGUACCGAGAGUCUAGGAAAUGAAACCGGCACUUUCGACAUGGAAAGUACCGAUAGUUUAUUUACAUCAACAACGACAACAACAACAAAAACAAAAAUAACAACGACGGCAACGAAAGGAAGAACAACACCGCGACAAAAGUUUGAUAUAAGGAAGGAAUUAUCAUUAGGUCAAGGGAAGUUUCCGCCUCCCUUGACUACAAUAGCCGGUACGAGUAAUAUAUGUGUUAGACCAUACCGUGAAGAUGGUCGGUUGGUAAUUGAGGCUGUCUCUACCCCUCCUAUUCAGGCUUGUAUGCAAGCCGAGCGAAGUGAUGGCCGUCUAAGGUUGUCCAUGAUGAUGGAAGACAUUAACGAUAACGAUAACGAUAACGACAACGAAAACGACAAUGGGGUGGAAGAAUUGGUAGAAAAUGAUGAAGAGGGGCUAGAGGAAGAAGUUGUUAAGGAAGAGGUUUUAGAAGAAUGUAACAAAAAAAAUGAUGCAUAUUUGUUGGAGGAUAUGAAUGGAAUUUCAAAAGAGUUAGGGGUAAAAUUGGGAAUUGGAAAAAUUCAAAGAACAAGUAGAUGCAAAGAAAGAGGGCAAGGGAAUAAGGGAUUAAUUAAUUGGGAACCUUUUUGGGUGGCUACUUAAAAAAGGAAAAAUUAAAAAGAAAAAGAGGAAACUUUUUUUGUACCCUCCAUUUCUCCUGGCUUUUGCUUGAUUCAUGUAAUGUACUGUUGAAUAUAAAUAGUAAAUUUUUGAGGGGUUUAUUCAAUUCCCAUUUAUCUUUUCUUAGAAAUUGUUGACUACUGUGGUAGUUAUUGUAGUUUGUGAAUUUGAUAGAGACAUCUUAUUUUUAUUUUUCUACUCUCAUUUGGGGGUGAUUGGCUAAUUGAGUAGAGCAUCUAAUAUGAAAACUAUUCGAAAUUA